AUGUUGAAGCCACGCAAGCUGAGGACUUUCACUUUAGCCGAGAAAUCCGAGAUAAUUGAAUCUGUGACCUGUGGGAAGCUAUCCAGGCCAGCAGCAAUGAAGAGGUAUGGCAUUCCCAAAAGCACGUUGUCGCGUUUGCUGUCGUCGAAGGACACCAUUCUGGCGUCACGAGACGACAGUCUUUUUAAGCCGUCGUGUAAGCGUAUGCGCACAGCACAGCACGUAAACAUGAAAAAAGCUUUGUUGUUAUGGAUUAAGAAAGCCAGAGCCUCGAAGCUGCCACUCAGCGGUGCCAUAAUCAAGGAGAAGGCGCAAGAUAUUGCUUUGCAACUCCGCUGCACGGAUUUCUCAGCUAGCGAUGGGUGGCUGUCUAGAUUUAAGAAUCGUCACGAACUCGUUUAUCGGUCUGUGGUAGGCAAAAGCAAGGAUGUUCCCCGUGAAGUUUGCGAGGAUUGGCAAAGAGGACGUUUGCGGGAGCUGCUUGAACAGUAUCAACCUCAAGACGUAUACAACGCCGACGAAACUGGUUCUUCUUCAAAGUUUUGCCAGACAAGACAUUUCAUUUCAAGGGAGAACCUUGCUGUGGAGGCAAACUAA